ACUGUUAAGCGCCAACUUCGGCAUCGAACCUUACGUCAAGUUUCGAUUAUUAAACUGUGUUCAUUUCAUUCUUGUAUUUUUGUUGACUGUUAUCGACCACUUUCCUUAUUAAAGCUAUAAUGAGUUGUCCGAUUUGUGAAAAUCGUCAACUUAUAGAAGAUGAAAACACUGGACAGUUGAUUUGUUCAGAAUGUGGAACUGCAACAGGUGUUUAUAGAGGGGUUACCCAAUCCCAGGAUUUCUCUGAAACCCGCGGAUUACGAGUGAUUCAAAAGACUGAACUUAUAGGUAGUCAAUCUAACCAAGCAGCUACAGAUAACAUAGCGGACGCAUCGAGAUUUGUAAAAGUUGAAUCGGAUAGCACACAUGACCAAAAUAUGAAUUUUGUUUGUCGUGAAGACCUGUUGAACACAUUAGAUGAUGAUCUCUUUAGCACGAAUGAGGUGAGCUUCACUAAUCCUAUGCAGAAAGAAAAGUGCUUUGAAAGCCAUCGUCCUUGGCGGUUAUCUGAACCUUUCACUUUCAUAAUGAGACGUCAAGCAAAUUGUUUGGCUAAAGAAUUAAAUCUUUCUGUGGAACAAAAAGUAUCAUUUUGUGAUACUGUUUGGGACAUAUGGCUCCACUAUUUGUCUAUAACUGGCGAACUUGGCUCUGAUGCUUGGGUAAAUGCAGCUCUUUUAUUGGCAAAUUCGCUUAGUGAAGUACUUGAAAGCAAGAUGAUUCCAGAAGAAGACAAGCCUACUAAUAAAAUAUUACGGAAACACAAAACAUCGGAUCACUGUUAUAUGACUACCCAGCGUGAACACGAAUCGGAGCUCAUAAAAACUCGUCUAAGUCAAUUUCAGUGGGUUGGUUGGGGUCUAUUGUAUGAACCAGAGGAAGGUCGGGAAAUAACUAAUAUUCUACAUUUGUCUCGAAAAAAAAAGGCAUCGAAAAAAGUCGACAAAAGUAAAAAAUCUAAACGACGUGGACGUAAACGAAAAGACUGUAGUGAGUCUGAUUCAUCAGAAUCCGUUUUUUCUGAUAAAAAUCCUGAUGACGAUGCUCAAUCCGUCCAUUCAUCUGAUUUGAGAAACCCAGAUGUUCAUGAUUCGGACCUGUCCUAUCAACCUAAAGCUGUGGAAUCGGAAUUAUUCCCUAAUAAUAAUUGGACACAAGAAAUACCACCACAGCAUUUCGCCAAACAACUAUCUCAGUUACGACCGAUAGGUCAUUUACUUUGGCGUGGUCAAAUUGAGGGUGGUUUUCACUGUCGUGUGUUAAUGGAGUAUAAUGUGGCUAUUUUGUUUAUCGCUUGUUUAACUACUUGUCCUGUACGAAAUGCAGUCAAUCCAUUAUUUUCUUCACAUUUUAUAAAUCCAGAUUUCCCAAAUAAUCCAUGUGCACUUACUACAAUGAUUACUUUAAAAGAUUUACAAGACCUAUGCAUUAAUCAUCGUUUACCUUUCAUAUCUGUUCAAAGUUUAUUUCCUCCAGGGGCCUUUUGCAUUCGUGAUCAGAGUCUAUUAAGUUUAAUCCGACGUCAUAGACCUCCGGAAAUCAAUCAUUUAGCGUAUGCAACUGCUCGGAUGCGUGAAUUUAUUGGGUUGAAUCAUUUCCCAAAAUAUCCACUGAGCUGGUUGGUGCAUCGUCAUAUAACCGCUCUAGGUCUUCCGGUGGUAAUGCAUGAAUUUGUACGACCUUUGUUAGAGAGACUACAACAGGAAUGUAUUCAUGUUGAUAAAUAUAUAUACCGCUCUUUGUUAAGUUCAAUCCCCUGGCCCAGGGUCGUUCGACCAGAAGUGUUUGCAAUGGCAUUAGUUGUCAUACUGUUACGUCUUGUAUUCAAAUUCGAUGAUACCUUUGAACAUCGACUUAGUUCUGUCGCUAAAGCUCUGGAGUUAUUUCCCAAUCGUCCAAUUAAAAGUGGUCAAACGUCGGACAUCUCAUUAUACGAUCGACCUUUUGUCUGGAUUUCAUGGGUGCAAUAUAUCGACUCACGAUUUCAUCCAUCUCACAAACUUAAUUUACAUUUGUUGAAAAGUGAUCAAAAUCCAUAUAGUAAUGCUCGAGUUCAUGAAUCUAACCAACCAUUAGUCAUGACUGCUAAUCAAGGAUCUGAGCUACUCAACUUAGAUACAGCUUCUGACUUCUUAGGUUCAACUGAAUUCAAAAUUGGUCGUGAUAUUGGUUGGAAUGAGAAGAGUAUGAAAAAGAUUAAAAUAGCUGAUGUGAGUUCUACUAUAUUGCUAUUAAAUUCUUAUGUUUGUGUAUCGCAUAAAUAAGGUAAGAGAAUACUUUAUCUUAAAUUAAUUCAAAUAUUGGCAUUUCUGUAAACCUAUUUAUAGGUGGUUUUUUUCAUUGUGUUAGAUUUGGUGGUUGUAUUUCUCUAUAAGAUAACGUCCUACACAUUUUUUGGUUACGAUUAAUCUUGACUUGUGACAAAAAUAAUGUAAACACCUAUUUGUCCAAAUGGAACAUUCUACUUCCAAUAUUCAAUCUCAUAAGCGAACACGGUGAGCAGUAGUUCGUUAUAUGACUCAAUCUAUACAAUAAUAUGGAGUAAUUUUUUGAUCAAACAUCAACACAGAUAAAAUAUUACAAUGUGGGCAUAACUACGCCAUAAGUGAAAGAGAACUAAGUAAUUGGUUCGCAGUUAAUCAAGAAAGGUAAAACACACAACAAUAAUUUAUGCUCCAAACGAGGAAUUGCAAUCAAAAGAAUAUAAUAUUAUUGAGAUGGUGAAGAAUAUUUGUAGCUCAGGUUAUUGGUUUUGGCGGAAUUUCGUCCUCUGAGCUGGAUAGAUUAGUCGUGGAUCUUUUACUGUUCUUCCGAACAACAUCAUCAGCAUAUGCAUACGCUAUCAUGAAUCAUAUACUAUAUUUUAUUAUUGAAUGAAUUUCCCCUUUUCCAUACUGCACAAACAUAUUCUUAAGGGGAAAAAUAAAUUAUGUGUGACUCAUUGGAAGAUCCUGUGAUUUGACUAAAAUGGAAUUUAUUUUUAUCGUAUAAAAACCUGGUAACUAUUUGUUCUGGCAGUCUUGAACUUAAAGAUAUGAAAUUAUAUCACUUUGACUAGAAAUGGUAAUGAAUAUUUAUGGAAGAAUUUCAAAAAUAAAUAUUUACAACUCCAUUAAUAUUUACUUAUUAUUAUUAAUAUUACGUAUAAUGAUUUUUGUCGAAUAGUGUACUUUUCAUUCUGAGCAUAAACUUUUUAAAUUCGAUAACAUUUCAACAUUAUUACAAUAGAAUAGAUACCUAAUGAUUACAUGCUUUUCUUAUGCAUAAAUUCAUUUCAUAUUAUUAAUCGUCGUUUUCUUCACUUAGGCUUCGGUAAAAUUGUUACUAUCUCAGCCAUUGCGUAAUCUAUUCGAACCAUGUCAAGUGGUUGAUUUGACUGAUUCAACUUUAACUACUCAAAAUCAAUGUACGCAUCGUCAUCAAAUGGUUGUCAGUAAUUUUACAUCUGAUUCCAGUACUAACAGUAAAAAAACCACAACUUACAAAAGUUUGCUACUUUCAGAUUACGAACAAGAUGGCUUACUAAGCCCAUUUCUCAAUACACAAUUAAACUUUUUGUAUAACGAAGAUAUUGAUGUCAAUGAUUAUAUUCCAAAUUCUUUUAAUGACCAUCAAACAUUGACCGAUUCAUACGGAUUUAAUGAAUGCACUAUAAGAGAGUGGUGGUCAGAUUUGAUAAAUCAACGAUCUGAUUACUACUCGAUUUGUAUAGGAGAAUGGUCUUCAAAUUCUUCGAGCAAAUCUCAGUGGAAAAAUCGUAAUCGUAGCAAACAGCCACUUAUUUUACCAAAACCAGUAGAAGAAUUCAUUGCUAAACAUGAUGAAAGUUUAUCCAGAGCGCUUGGUCAUGAUGAAUUAGUACAUGCCAAACAGAACGACAAGGAUAAUUCUCUAACGGAAGAAUCUAACAAUCUCAAUGCUUCUCAGAUCUUAGAAGCUGAGAAACCUGUAUGUUUACAUUGUUCUGACCCUAGCCGAAGCAUGAAGUGGCUAGUCGACAUCUGUGCAAUGAUUUGUGGAGCGUCCAAUAUUAAAUCACUACUCACUGAAAUUGAAUGUCUAGAACGCUUGCUUAAGUGGCAUGCGAAAGCUUCAUGUUCACACUCAGUUUCAGGAAAUGAUCCACGUCAAGUUGAUUAUGCAAUUUUGUCAUUUUUUGAUUUGAAUGUAGAUAUUUGUGAAGUAUCAGGAAAUUCGUAGAUUAGUCACUUUUUCUAUAUCUUUUUUUCUGAUAUGUCGUUCUCAAAUUAAUUUGUACAGAGAUAUCAAUUAUUUAUAUUUUACUUAUUUUAUCAACUGAACCUGAACUAGUUGUGUAUUUGCGGUAGUAAAUCUGUUUUUCAUUGAAUUGUACAGUAUAGAGAAAAAAGCUUAACGUACAUAGAC